AUGGACCAGCAGGGCUGUGGGGAGAACGACCCCAACGGGCCUGUCUUCGACCCCGUGCACGGGGUGAUCCACCACUUCUACCAACGCCACCUGGCGGCGGACCAGGGCGCGGGGCCGAUCUACGGCCACUUCGCCAGUAAGGACUUUGUGCACUGGGCGCAGCUGCCGGUGGCCAUUUGGAACGGCCUGGAUAGCUCGCACUGGCCGCCCCAGCGGACAUACUAUGACGACGUGGCCAUUUACACGGGAAGCGCAGUGGUCCUGGAGGGCGCAGGGCCAAAGGGUGCCAGGGGCAUCGUGCAGAUCUACCCAGGCCUUUGCUCUGAACAUAGCUGGCCGCUCUGCGACACUGGCACCCUUCUGGCGCAAGCGGUGCCAGCGAGCUACGCGACCGAUGAGCUGCUGACAAAUUGGACGAAGCCCAGCUACAACCCCAUCAUAGAGAACACCCAGCGGGACCCCACUACACCCUGGAAGGACGCCAGUGGCGAAUGGAAGCUCCGCACCUUUGACGGCGGCUUCUACGGCGCCGCCUCGGAUGCGGAUUUGCUGAAGGGCCGGUGGUACGACCUGGGCAGAGGCCGGGGCCUCAGCUACUCGAAGUGCCCUAAGAUUGAUUGA